AUGAAGGACGAAGAGCCGAAUACGACGACCGAUAAUGGCGCUUUGCCUGUAUCCAGAAGCUAUCAGCGAGAGAUGCUCGCGGAGAGCUUGCACAGGAACAUUGUGAUCGCCAUGGACACGGGUAGCGGGAAAACACACAUCGCGGUAUUGAGGAUCAAGUACGAAUCCGAGCGGGAGUCCAAAAAGGUUUCCUGGUUCGUAGCACCUACCGUUGCGCUGUGCGAGCAGCAAAGAGAAGUGCUCGCCACCGCGCUACCCGUGUCCGUGGGGAUUAUUUCAGGAUCCCUGGAACCCGACCAAUGGAAGGAUGCCAGGAUAUGGCAAAGAGUGAUUGAAACCAACCGAGUCAUAGUCAGUACUCCUCAGGUCCUUCUCGAUGCUAUGCGCCAUGGCUACGUUGACAUGGGCCAACACAUAAACCUCCUGAUAUUUGACGAAGCACAUCAUGCAGCAGAUAAGCAUCCUUACAACUUGAUCAUGAAAGAAUUCUACUUUCGUCUCCCGCCUCGGGGUACGGGGGAAACGCCUUUGUCGGCUAACAGCAGUAUCAAUCGAGAAAGACCUAUGAUACUGGGACUCACUGCUAGUCCAAGUUUCGGCGGAAAUCUUGAGAAGGCUUUUGCGAUCAUCGAAGCAAAUCUGGACAGUACGAUCAGAGCGCCGCGGAUCUUCCGCGAGGAGCUCGCAGCUCAUGUCCAUCGUCCCACCUUCAAACAUGUCCUUUAUCCUUUACCUACAGAAGACUACGGCCGACCGAGCUCCAGGAAUGCUCAAGCGCUCAAUGCUGUGGUCGCGUCACUAGACAUCGGCCAAGACCCAUAUGUGAUCUCUCUGCGCCAACAACUUCAGCGAGCACUUCCUGGCCCUGAGAGAAAUCGCAUCGACCAAAAGCUCAGUAAAACGAUCCAGAAAAAAGAUUCAUACUCUCACAAGGGCUUACGGGAAUUCGCUCGUGCUGCUCUCGACAUCUGCUAUGAUCUCGGCCCAUGGCCUGCCGAUUGGUAUGUUCGCAAGGUCAUCGAGCGCGCACAAGCGUCCGGCGAAUCGUUCAACACAACGGGUAUGUCAUCUUGGCAUAAUCGGUGGCGUGGAACGGAGAAAACAUACCUUCUCGAACUCUUGGGUCGUGUUAACCUGGACGAUCCGGUGGACUUGGACGACGAGGCUACACUGGUGAACGGUUGUUCCGAGAAGGUAAAUCUGCUCAUAAGCUCCCUCCUAUCGGAGAAGUUGGCCGCAGAGGAGGACCACGAGCUGUUUACCGGCCUUGUCUUUGUGACCAGGAGGGACAGCGUCUUAGCGCUCGCGGAGAUUUUGUCGAGACACCCUCGCACAAGGGGCGCCUUCAAGGUUGGAUGCCUUCUUGGCAGUUCCGAUAGUGUGAAACGCCGCGCAUUCCUGGACAUUACUCGGGAACUGUUAGUGCAAUCUCAAACGGAAACACUAGAGGACCUCAAAAUCGGGGAGAAGAAUUUGAUCAUAUCUACGGCGGUUGCUGAAGAAGGCAUAGAUAUUCAAGCUUGCGGAGCCGUUUUCAGGUGGGAUCCUCCUCCCAACAUGGUCAGCUGGGCCCAGAGCCGAGGAAGAGCGAGAAAGAAGAAGAGCACUUUCACUCUCAUGUUCGAUGACUCCGGCGCGCACGCUAAAAUGGUGGAACAGUGGGAACGCUUGGAGAGGGAAAUGAUGAAUAUGUAUUAUGAUCCGAGUCGAGAUAUGCGAGAACCGGAAGACGGAAUGGGCGAGCACAUCGGCGUCGACGAGGUCCUCGAGUUCAAGGUGCCCUCCACCGGUGCAUUGUUGACUUUGCAGUCUGCUGUCACCCACCUCAACCAUUUCUGCGCAUGUAUUCCUGGAGGACAGCAUGCACCGAUCUACGACAUAGACCCCCCGGACCUUCCCGAGGGAUGGCACGCUACGCAAACGACGUUCACGCCCUAUCAAGGUCCUUGGGGAUGCGUGGUGAUCCUCCCUCGUCUCCUACCUCGCCACCUGCGCGAGUUUCGGGUGGGGCGAGAGUACACCAGCAAGGCAUCCGCUCGCAACCACGCUGCUUUCUUCGCCUAUCGCUCGCUCUACGAAGCUGGGUUGCUUAAUGAUCAUUUGCUGCCCAUCACGAGCGUCAUAGAACCAGAGUUAGUGGAGGAGAUCAAGCAGCUACUAUCCGAUAUAGAGAAACGUGCUGGUACCGCAACCGUCUCAUCGCAGAUGGAUCCCUGGGCUCCGCUUCCUAAUGCGAAGGGGUUAUGGAAGAUGACCUGUCAAGUUGACGGUUUGCCCCCACUCCAGUUGCUCACUUACAGUCGUCCGCGUCUCUAUUCAGAAGACCCUCCAUCGAAUCUGUAUCCGGGAUAUCGUCCACCCAUUUCCAUGCGGUUCUUCGAACCCGAGCGAAUGGAUGCGUCUGCCCACGAGAUCGACAGCGCCCGACGUUUCACAAGGCGCCUCUUCUGGGCGAUCCAUCAUGGAAGGAUGGCCUGGAAUGAACUCAACUUCGCGUAUAUAAUCCUGCCCCUUCCUGGCAUCGAUCCCCAGUGGCAUGCACGUCGCUCGUUUGGGCUGGAACCGGACGCAGAUGAUCGGGAAGUUAUUCGCUUGAACGCGGCCAUCGCAGGGGAACAAUUCGGCUAUCCAAACGACCUCAACUUGGUCGUAGAAGAAUCGUCCAAAGGCCGCCCUACGCAUUGGUUCAUGCAAUGGCAUUUUGAUCAGUUGUCCACCGUGGAAGAAGAGGCAAUGCGCUCCCGAAACCCUGAGAAAUACUCCGAUAUGCCCAUUAAAUACCCUUUGUUGUUAUUGAAGCCAGGAUCCCGUCGACACAAUAUGCUCAUUCCAAGAACGCUGGACGAGGUCCCAUCUUCGGAUGCCAAGCCUAUUCUUCUCCCCGCGGACGCAGCGACAGCCAUACUCCUAUCUCAGGCCGAAUCAGAAUAUGCACUCCUCCUGCCCUCUAUCUUGCGACGCUUGACCGUGACCAUGACCGCUGCAUCGUUGCGCGAGAUGCUGUUUCUAUCACCCAGAUUGAGGAGUAUCCCUCUCGAUCUGCUCACCGCGGCGAUCACGGCUCCAGUCUCGGGUGAGAUAAGGAAUUAUCAGCGUCUAGAGACCCUUGGGGACACCGCGCUCAAGUUCAUGGCGUCCAUCAGCCUCCUGACGGACUACCCCCUAUGGCAUGAGGGAUACCUGAGCAAGAAGAAAGACCACGCGGUAGCGAACGUAAGACUAGCCAAGAUCGCACUAUCCAAGGAACUAUAUCGUUGGAUGAUACGGGAUCGUUUCAUAGUCAAGAAAUGGCGCCCAAAGCUUGCAGAGUGGCAGAAAUCUUCGGGUGACGAGAAGAAGAUGCCGGAGUCAGAAGUAGACACCAACGCCGAGAAAGGGCGAGGGCAGCCUCAACUAUCCAUGAAGAUGCUAGCGGAUAUCGUUGAAGCAAUCAUAGGCGCCGCCUAUCUCCAUGGCAGCUUCGACUUGGCCGUUGAAGUUACGCGGUUGUUUGACAUUGGAAUUGACAUCAAAACACCUCCGACAUGCAUCGAGCGCAUACUUGUCCGGGCACAGGCGUCCGUAGAUGAUCUCCGGGAAAUACCUUCACAGAUCGACGUUGUGGAACGCAUGCUCGGCUACAGCUUCAACAACAAAGUGCUCCUCGUCGAAGCCCUGACUCAUGCGAGUCUUCAAGGCACUGAGGGGACGAUAUCCUACGAGAGAAUGGAAUUCCUGGGGGAUGCGGUUCUCGACAUGGUGGUUACCGACUACUUAUACCGGAGGUCCGACAAGAACUACGGACCUGGACACAUGCAUCUUCGUAAGCAAGCGGUCGUCAACAUGCACUUCCUUGCCUACGUCUGCUUUGGCAUCUCGACCGAGCUCGAAGCAGCUAUGGGCUCGUCCGACGGCGUGGGAAAUACAUCGAUUCGCAACAGUAGCCAGAGAGUGUAUCUCUGGCAAUGCCUCCUUCAUUCGAGCCACAGAAUUCUCGAUGAUCAAUCAAAUGCUUUCACUCGCUACCAGCGCAACCGGAAGGCUUUCGAUCGUGCCUUUCAGCAUGACACUCUAUUUCCUUGGACCGCGUUGACGCAGUUGCAAGCGCCGAAGGCGCUUAGCGAUGUAGUCGAAAGCACCAUCGGCGCCGUCUUCCUGGAUAGCGGAGGGAGCUUCGAAGUCAUCCAGAAUCUCCUCCGCAGGUACAGGAUCCUUCCAACGCUGGAGCGGAUCGUUGACUGCGACGUUGACGUCCAACAUCCUGUUUCGAGAUUGUCGAUAUGGGCAGCGAAAGAAAAGAAGAAGGUCAAAUAUGAUUUUGACAAGGCCGACGGACGUAUUAGCUGCGCCAUAUACAUCGACGAGCAGGAGGAAGUCAGGGUGACUGAGCCAUACCGCGGACGUAUCAGCCAAGCCGAAGUCAAGUUCAUGGCGGCAGAACAAGCGAUUAGAAAGUUCAGAGUCAUAUCGGCGGAUAGUAUGCUCUGGGAGAUGGAGGGCGUUGGGCACGAUAACGAAGGUGAUGAGGAAGAGUCAAACGAUGAGGAGGGACGCUAUGAUUCCGGAUAUGAUGCUUCGGUAUUGGAUGUGUUCUAAGCUUGACUCACAAAGCAGAUGCGAGAAUACCAGUAAAC